GCGCUCCCGCCGGCGACAUGGCCGUCCUGGGAGUGCAGCUGCUCGUGACGCUGUUCACGGCCACGCUCAUGUACCGCCUGGCGCCCCACUGCUCCUUCGCGCGCUGGCUGCUCUGUAAUGGCAGUUUAUUCCGGUACAAGCAUCCAUCCGAGGAGGAGCUGCGGGCUCUGGCCGGGAAGGCAAGGCCCAAGGGCCGCAGGGAGCGGUGGGCCAGCAAUGGCCUCAGUGAGGAGAAGCCUCUGUCGGUGCCCCGGGACGCCCCGUUGCAGCUGGAGACCUGCCCGCUCACGGCCGUGGACGCCCUGGUCCUGCGCUUCUUCCUGGAGUACCAGUGGUUCGUGGACUUCGCCGUGUACUCGGGCGGCGUGUAUGUCUUCACCGAGGCCUACUACCACCUGCUGGGCCCCGGCAGGGAGACCAACCUGGCCGUGUGCUGGUGUCUGCUCACCGUGGCCUUCUCCAUCAAGAUGUUCCUGACCGUGACCCGCCUGUACUUCAGCGCCGAGGAGGGCGGCGAGCGCUCCGUCUGCCUCGCCUUCGCCUUCCUCUUCCUGAUCCUGGCCAUGCUGGUGCAGGUGGUGCGGGAGGAGACGCUGGAGCUGGGCCUGGAGCCGGGCCUGGCCAGUGUGACCCAGCGUCUGGAGCCGCUUCUGAAAGACCAAGGCUGGGACUGGGCGAUCCCCGUGGCCAAGCUGAGCGUCCGAGUGGGGCUGGCAGCGGCGGGCUCAGUGCUGGGCGCGUUCCUCACCUUCCCGGGCCUGCGGCUGGCCCAGACACACCGGGACGCGCUGACCCUGUCGGAGGACCGGCCCCUGCUGCAGUUCCUGCUGCACACCAGCUUCGUGUCUCCCCUGUUCGUUCUGUGGCUCUGGACCAAGCCCGUGGCACGGGACUUCCUGCAGCAGGCGCCUCUGGGCGGGACCUCGGUCUCCCUGCUGUCGGACGCGGCCUUCGACUCGGUGCGCCUGUGGGUGCUGGUGGCGCUGUGCCUGCUGCGUCUGGCCGUCACGAGGCCCCACCUGCAGGCCUACCUGUGCCUGGCCAAGGCCCGUGUGGAGCAACUGCGCAAGGAAGCGGGCCGCAUCGAGGCCCGGGAGAUCCAGCAGCGGGUGGUCCGCGUGUACUGCUAUGUGACCGUGGUCAGCCUGCAGUACCUGACCCCGCUCAUCCUCACGCUCAACUUCACACUGCUGCUCAAGUCGCUGGGUGGCUACUCCUGGGGCCUGGGCCCGGCUCCCCCACUCUCCCCCGCCACGCCUUCCCUCACUGACCCGGUCAGCCCCGGGGAGGACUCGGCUCAGGAGACGGCGGCCCGCAUCGCGGGGGUCCUGGGUGGCCUGCUCACGCCGCUCUUCCUGCGCGGGGUCCUGGCCUACCUCAUCUGGUGGACGGCUGCCUGCCAGCUGCUGGCCAGCCUGUUCGGCCUCUACUUCCACCAGCACCUGGCCGGCUCCUAGCCGCCUGCAGUGCUCCUGGACCUGCCCUUGUGUGCGUGCCUCAGGGUCCCCCGCAGGUCAGUGCCUGAGCCACUCCGCCCCGGAUCCUGGGGGCUGCAUGGAGGUCUGUCGGACUCAACCUCGGGCCCUGCAGCGUGUGGGGACAGCUUGGACUGGAGAGAUUUGGGGAGCAAUGGGGUGCUGAGCCCUAGCAAGUUCAUGUGGCACAUGUUUGGGCAGGAGGGAGGGGAGGCAGAGGGAGAGGGCCAG